CGUUUGCAGUCAUGAUUUUUGACGGAUAGUCCAUUGUGGUGCGGGCAACGUCUUGCCAUUUCUUCAACCGGUUGUAAGUUUUUCGUUUCCGCCAAACACACACACACUUACACACAUGCACAAACAGCGCGAACAAACGGUUCCGUUCGUCUGGUUGUUACAUAUUAUUAUGAGUUCUAGUGAAACUUUAAUUGCAACGAUAUGCUGUCGAAGCACGAACAAUAUGUGACACUUUUACUUUCCCGGCCGGAGACAUAACAAAAUCGGUCGUUCGACCGUCUGGACCAUCAUUUAGCACGCCGAAGACAAUCCAACACAACAUCGGGACAUUAUUGACAUUACCGAUUUACCGCCAUAAUCUAUCCACAAGACACAUUGAUAGUUACGUGUGUAUUCGUUCCUAUACCGAGUAUAUUAUGCAGCCAACGAGAAUCGCGGCCGUGUGCUUCCUGUUGCUGGCCAGUCGCGCGGCGGGACACGCGAUCGGUGAAAAUCACGCAGACCACGAAGACGCCGGAACCGCUGCAGACCGUAAGAGAGACGCCUCGCAGCAGCCCAGGGCUUUGGACAUGGAGUCGAUAUUUGCGGGUUUCGCCAAGUCUAUGAUCAGCAGAACUGGAGCCACCAGUAGUCAAAACCAGCACUGUAUAAAUCCGGGUGUGAAAAAGAGGUACACCGGCCAGGGUUUCUGCAAAAUGUCUUCCCUGACCACCUUGUCCAGUCCCUGUCAGUUUUUCAAGAUGGCCCUUGGAUUAUGCGAUCUACCCGACAUUUUGGCUAGUAUUUCAUUUAUGUAUACAACAAAACAUUAACACCCCCUCCAUCGUCUUUUCGAGAAUCUUAUUUCUAUGGCUAAAAUCGCAUUUCGGUUCUACUUUUACUUCAGUCUUCAAUCAAUUUAAUAACAGUAUAUUUUAAUGCUGUUCUUGACUCUUCUACAUAAUGCUUUCUCGACCACUGCGAUCGUU